CAGAAGAAAAUGAGAGACUGGGAGAGAGACCCAACAUCCAAGGAGUGCUUUCAGGCGUUUUAGGGGCAUGAUAAACUGCACUGAUGGCUGCGAUGACAGGUACACUGAUAGGCUUCACUGAUGGCUGCUGUGACAGGUACACCCAGGGGUGGACUGACAACUCAUGGGGCCCCCGGGCAAUAGGGAUCAUGGGGCCCCUGUGUCCUUGCCCACACUCAAAGCACGCCCAAAAAAGCCUAUUAAAAAGGUAACAGGGGCAUUUAAUUGGGCCCUCUACUGACCCCGGGCCCUCAGGCAGUGCCUGAGUGCUCGAAUGGUCAGUCCGCCCCUGGGUACAC